AUGUCAGCGGACACGGCGGCUGUGGCUGCGCUGGGCGAUGCCUGUCGCCGCGGGGAUGUGUACAGUGGAAUGUGUGCCUUCGCGGCGGUUCUGCGGCGGCGGGAUGUUCACACGCAGUCGUCUCUGUUGCUGCGGGCAUUUCACACCGUCGCGGUGCCGUCCAUCUGCGCAGAGGCCGCAGCGGAGUUGGCCACCGCCAUGAUGAACUUACUGCAGUCCUCUCCUCCUUCUUCUUUCUCUUCUUCUAAUGUUAAUAAUAAUAAUAAUAAUAAUAAUAAUAAUAAUAAUAAUAAUAAGUGGGAUUGGGCACGGCAGAUGCUGCAGGCGUUUGAAGAUGUGGACAGUGCUGCCGUUACACCCGAUUGGUGUCGUGCACAUGUGCGGUUUGCGAGAGAUCUCCUGCAGUACUGCGAAUCCAUUGCACAAUCAACAACAACAUCAACAUUAUUAUUAUCAUCAACACAAUCAUCAUCAGUAGAAGAAGGAGAAGUCGAAAUAUCUUACCGGUCUAUUGUGUUUAUUUAUGAGGGAUUAGCUCAGGCUUAUUUACGGCUAUCCCACUGUGAUGCUAGAAAUAACCAAACAACAACAACAACAACAGAUUCCAAUAAGACUACGCAUCCUAAUAAUGAUAAUAAUGAUAAUAAUAAUAAUAAUAAUAAUAAUAAUAAUAAUAAUAAUAAUAAUAGUGUGGAGAAAGAGGAGGAAAUGGAAAAGUCUAUUCUUGAGGGAUAUAAAGCCAGUCUUCAUUGUGUGUUGAAAGUGGAUUUGAUUCUCUCUGCGGUAUCUGCGGUAGAAAGUAAACUCAGAAUGGAAGAGAGACCUCUUCUUAUUGCACGUACGGUUUAUGGGGUUUUAUCAGGCGUUGCUGCUGUGCUGCGUACACCACAUUUAUUAGCCAUUAACACCGCAAAGUCUCUUUUGCAGUUGGAAACAACUUCAUCACAUAAUACGGAACUUGUUGCCUUUCUUAAUGACCUGGUGAUUGUUUUGCAUGCGGCUGUUUCUAUGCGGUCUAGAGGAUCUGUGAAUAUUUCAUCACAUGUAAAUGUGAUUGAGGCGCUGUGUAAAGUGUACAGCCCUGUGUUGAUGCCUGUUCAGGAUUUGAACUGGAUCACUCUCGCACGAUCCUUCUAA